AUCAGUUCAAAGAAAAACUGCGAUUUGACUUGCAACAUAGUUACAGCACAGGAAAGACGCGAAGUGGGCGGUGAAGUUUUAUUUUAUGUUAUUCAUAUAUCAAGUUUGUCGUGGUUUAACUCUUCUUUAGCCUUGUCGUUUUUGUGUAUCUGAAAGUUGUACGAAAUGUCCAGCAACAUCAGGCCAAGGCUGUGCGUAUUAGAAAAAGGGGACAACGGUUACGGGUUUCAUCUCCACGGCGAAAAGGGAAAGCCCGGUCAGUUCGUCCGACAUGUGGAGCCCGACUCCCCGGCGGCCACCGCGGGUCUGAUGGCCGGGGAUAAACUGGUAUUCGUGAACGGAGAGAGCGUCGAGGACGCCAAGCAUCAACAGGUGGUGUCCCAUAUAAAAGCCGUCACGGGAAAACUUGAACUCAUCGUGGUGGAUCCGGAGACCGCAGAACUACUUGUGAAACAUGACUUGAAGUGUCAUAAAGAGUACUUGACUGAUGGGAUACCGAUACCGGGAAGCGACGCUGGGUCGGAUCAUGGGGAUGAGGUCAAGAACGGGACAUCUGGGGAAUCGACCCCCGUCCCGGAGACAAACGGAGAAAUAAGCAUAGAUAGACUGAGCGUGAGCUCAAAGGAAUCUGCCAAAGAGCUGCGUCCACGUCUGUGUCACAUGAAGAAGGGCGCUACCGGAUACGGCUUUAAUCUGCACACGGAGAAGUCCAAACCUGGCCAGUACAUCAGGGCGGUGGAUGAAGACUCUCCCGCAGAGAAAUCUGGACUUCGACCCCAAGACAAAAUAGUGCAGGUGAAUGGUGUUCCUGUGCACGAGCUUCAGCAUUCAGAAGUGGUGGCGGCCAUCAAGGCAGGAGGAGAUGAGACUAAGCUUCUGGUGGUAGAUCCUGAGACGGAAGCCUUCUUCACGAGCUGUCAGGUCUUACCCACUGAGAAACACCUCACAGGUCCCCUGCCAGAGCCUGUAGUGAGUCGGGACACAGUUGAUCAGGUGAACGGAAAAACAGCCAAGGAGGAAAAAUCCAGGUUGUCCGUGAGCCUUUCUACCUCCAGCACCACUUCUGACGCAUCCACUUCUGCAGCUCCGGCCAACAUUCCAGCACCAGAGGAGAGAUCCAAAGAAACAACUUCAGAUGAAGAUAAAGGAUUAUCUCUUAGCAUGUCGCUGCAGCAGGCUAAAGAACGAGCUCGCCAGAAACGCUCCAACAAAAAUGCUCCAAAAAUGGACUGGAGCAAACGUAAUGAGCUCUUCGGCAACCUCUGAGAUUUCUUCUCGUCCUGUUCACCAUAGUCUUCAUUUCAUCAGUUUUCUUUACAGCUGCUUCAUGUUCUCUUUUAUCCCAUUAUGCCUUUCACCUUUGUUUUUCUCUUGCACACAAUGAGAUUCUUCUUUCACAUGUAUAUUUUUAAACCAGUGUUUGUUGACCUGUGAUUUUUGUUAUGAUCUUUUUUAUGAUUACUUAUCAUCUUGGUUUACCUCUAUAUCACUGAUAUAAGACAAUAUAUAUAUAUAUAUAAAUAUAUAGGAUUUAACAUUACUGUACAAUGUAUAGUCUAGAAUAUAAUUCUUAAUGAAAACUCAAAUGAUAUUGUGUCUAUAUAUUUUUCUGGCAGUAUUGAUUGCCUUGCAGUUUAGUAUUUUGAGAGAGCUGUUUUAUUUCCUUCAGAGCUUGUCUUAAACCUUAUUUUCAAACUGUAAGCAACAGUGUAUUGAACUUUUUCUUCAUGUUAGAAGGUAUAGAAGCUGCAGCAUUCUAAAUUUGUAAAUGUGAACUGUUUAUAAAUCAUGAACUUAUCAAGUUACUAUAUCCGACUGAAUGACUAUUAUAUUAGCUUAUACUGCUGGCUGUAAGAAUCUCUUAUUAAAAAUGUUAUUACUCUAUUACUUAUCAUUUAAGAGUCACAGUCAUACUCCUCCUGGUGAGCAAACCCCUAAUCUAAUUUUGAGUAAAAUCUAUGCAAUAUCAUUUGGUCAUAUUUCUAUAAUUUUAAGUGUUAUGUUAUUGAUGCAUUUUUUAAAUAUAAUUUGUAUCCCAAAUUUGUCAUGUAUCCUUUUAAUGCAUUAUUUCACAUUAAAAUAAUAAUGCAUUUA